CUAGCCCCCCACCUUUCCCCCCACCAUAAUCUUCAUACUCAACGUUAACAAUGGCCAGACACCCAUUUUCCCUCCUCCUCCUCCUCUCCCUCUUCCUCCUCGCCGCCUCCGCCCUCCGCUUCCACGAUGACAACCAAAGACCCUGGUUGCAGAGGUGCCGUCAACAGGUUAGGGGCGAGCGGCUCCGCCACUGCGAGCAGCUGCUGAUGAGGCCGCGCCGCGUCCGCCAGCUUUUAAUGGCUGAAGAAGAAGAAGAUGCAGUGGAGCACCUGGAGCAGUGCUGCCAGCAGCUACGGGGAAUGGACGACGCGUGCCGGUGUGAGGGGUUGCGGCAGAUCGUGCAGCGACGUAGACAGCAAGGGAGAAUGCAAGGGAUCGAUGUUGGGCAAAUGCUGGAGAGAGCUACGAACUUGCCGUCCGUGUGUAG